UGUUUGGUGAUCAAAUUUUGCAUCAAGCAGUGCUGAGUUUCCAGUUUCGUGCCCUAGAGCUGUGUGUCCAAUGUGGUAGCUGUCAGCAACAUGUGCCCAGCUAAAUUCACAUUAAUCGGGCGCGCUGCGCUGGGCCUAAGAUGGCGGCGCCCGUGUGCUGCCAGGGGCUCGGGUCCCGGGUGCUGUCUUGGAGCCAAGAACUGCUGUGCUCCUGGUGCACGCUGCACACAUCCGCGGUCUGCGCCAAGAACCGGGCGGCCCGAGUCAGAGUGGGCAAGGGGGACAAGCUGGUGACCUACGAGGAGGCGCACGUGCCGCACUACAUCGCCCACCGCAAGGGCUGGCUGUCGCGGCACACAGGUAACCUGGAUGGGGAGAACCAUGCGGCAGAGCCAACAGUGGAGGAUGUUUUCCUUGGAAAGUUCAUGCUGGGCACCUUCCCACGGUGUCCGGCCGACCAGCUGAUCCUAAACCGCCGGGCUAACCAGUUGGAGAUCUGUGCCCUGGUCCUGAGGCAGCUGCCUGCACACAAGUUUCACUUCCUGGUGGGCUACAGUGAGACUCUGCUGUCCCACUUCUACAAAUGUCCCGGUCCGUCUGCACCUCCAGACUGUGCCCUCCAAGGUCGUGUAUAA